AGUUCUCUCUCUCGGCGCAACGGAGGCGGUGUCCUAAAAGUGCCUGUAGAUUUUUUUUGUUAAUUUUUAAUACGUUUGCGCCGCACAGUCGACUAUUGUCGUUGAACCAUGAGGACGUACUUCGUGAUAGCCGCCAUACUGAUCGCCGGAACGAGCGGUCAGGAGAACUUCAAAUGCCCAGAUGACUUUGGAUUCUAUCCCCAUCACAUAUCGUGUGACAAGUACUGGAAGUGCGACAACAAUGUGGCGGAACUGAAGACGUGCGGCAACGGCCUGGCGUUUGAUGCCAGCGACAGCAAGUUCCUCACCGAGAAUUGUGAUUACCUGCACAACGUGGAGUGUGGCGAGCGCACGCAACUCGAACCACCCAUCAGCACACCGCACUGCGCUCGCCUAUACGGCAUCUUCCCUGACGAGAAGAAGUGCGACGUCUUCUGGAACUGUUGGAACGGUGAAGCAUCCCGUUACCAAUGCAGCCCCGGACUGGCCUACGACCGUGAAGCUAGGGUGUGCAUGUGGGCCGACCAGGUGCCCGAGUGCAGAAACGAAGAAGUCGCCGGAGGUUUUACGUGUCCGGCCGCGGGCGAAGUGAGUGGCGCAUCCGGCAGCUUCAGUAGACACGCCCAUCCCGAGGAUUGCAGAAAAUACUACAUAUGCCUGGAGGGCAUCGCCAGGGAAUACGGCUGUCCGAUCGGCACUGUUUUCAAGAUCGGCGACGCUGACGGUAGCGGUGCUUGUGAAGACCCUGAGGACGUUCCCGGAUGUGAGGAUUACUACGGUGACCUGGACCUGAAGAGCAUCCGGAAGAGCGAGCUGCUUGCCGGUAUCCAGAGCGAGCCGAGAAAACCAUCGAACCAGGCUCUCAAACCCAGGCCUUCAACAGUAGGAGGGCCCGUAAGGCCCUCCGGAGCCCUCCAGGAAUAAAUCCCGAUUGAUUUAUUCCUUGUCUCUUUCAUUCACCCUCUCUUUUCCUUUAUUUCUUUCUUUUUCUCUCUCUCUUUCCCUUCCUCCUAUCACUUACCUAUCUUUGUUACUAUCGUUUAAUUUUAUCGAAUUCUAUUGUUUAAUACAAAUUAUUGGUGCAAAAUCUAAAACACCAAAUUUAUUGAUAGGCACCUCUUUACAAGAAAUAAUGCUCCUUGAUUGAUGUAUAAUUAUUCAGGGAUAAGCUCACUAUCAUAUAAUGUAAUGUAAUGUACUUUUUUCGACUUCAAAUUUAUUUCAUCUUAAUUUUACAAAUCAGCAAUCCAAAAUAU